UACAUUUCCUCUGUUUGAAUCUGAUUAAAGUAACGCCUCUAUAAGUAGGCCUAUAUGCAAGCAAACGAGCUCAAACCAAAGUGAACAAGUUCUUCACAGAGCACUAUUAUUUAUUCAUUAUUAGUACAAGAAAUGGGAGUUGGUGGAACUUUGGACUACUUGUCUGAUCUAAUGAGCAGUGGUCACCAGCACCUCAAGAAGAAGAAGAAGCAGUUACAAACUGUAGAGCUAAAGGUUAGAAUGGACUGUGAUGGCUGUGAGCUUAAGGUCAAGAAAACCCUUUCAUCUCUAAGUGGGGUAAAAUCGGUAGAGAUAAACCGUAAACAGCAAAAAGUAACAGUAACUGGGUUUGUGGAGCCAAACAAGGUGCUAAAGAAGGCUAAGUCAACGGGGAAGAAGGCUGAAAUUUGGCCUUAUGUGCCUUACAACUUGGUGGCUCAACCAUAUGCUGUUUCUUCUUAUGACAAGAGGGCUCCUCCUGGUUAUGUGAGGAGAGUGGAGAAUGCUCCAGCCACUGGGACCAUGACAAGAUAUGAAGAUCCUUAUGUCAACAUGUUCAGUGAUGAAAACCCAAAUGCAUGUUCUGUCAUGUAAACAAAAAAAAAAGUUUUUUUCUAAGCUUGGCAUUGUAAAUUUUCAAAUUUUAAUCUAGUGUGUUCUUUCAUUUUUCUUGUUUACUUUUUCUGGUCAGUUUUCAAGGUCUUGUUUCCCUAGAUCAAGGACUUUUCUUUACAUGAAAAAGGAUGACAAGAGACGUUGCUUUUAUCAUUGCAUUUGUUUCCUAAUUUUGUUAUUUUCCAGAACUGUACACUGUACCUGCUUGUAGUUUUACAGUGGUUACUUUUGGUGGGACUUGACCUAAGAUAGGAAAUUGUUUCUAAUUUCUAUUGUUAUGGUCUUCUUUCUCCUAGAAAGGAAAGCUGGAUUGGGUGUAAAAGUAAAACAAACGUGUGAAUUGCAAAUAAAUAGGGCCUGUAAGGUUGAAAUGGUAAAUAAAACAAACAUGUCUUGUUGUGUGAUUAAA